AUGUGUUGCCCAAAGUGUGUGUCCAGAGUGAUUUGCGGCAAUGGAUAUACUUUGGAUCCGGUAACAGGACAGAAUUGUGUCGAUGUGGAUGAGUGCGCGGAUGGUACACACAAAUGUACCGCGGAUCAAACUUGCGUGAACAGAUUAGGUGGAUACGUUUGCAAUUGUCCACCUGGACAUGUGACUGGACCGAAUAAGGACUGCAUCGAUAUCGACGAAUGUAGCCUUUACGGUAACAUAUGCGGAUCAAAUAGUCAAUGCGAGAAUACAGUUGGUUCUUAUAGAUGCAACUGUGACAGUGGUUUUGAAAACGUUGGUAGUUUCACUGGUAGUGGUUGUCAGGAUGUGAACGAAUGUCAACAAAAUCCUGGUUUGUGUCAACACGUAUGUUACAACACGUGGGGCAGUUACAGAUGCAGUUGUAAGCCUGGAUUCAGACUGAAUCCUGACAACCGUUCUUGCACAGACGUCGAUGAGUGCACGGAGUUUAAAAGUAACCACUUGUGCAUGGGAAUCUGCGAAAACACACCGGGAAGUUAUGCUUGCAGGUGUCCGGAUGGUUACAACCUUGGACUUAACGGUCGAUCUUGCGAAG